AUGGAGACAAAGUUGGACCACAACAGAAUGGAACGUGUUAGAAAGCACUGUGGGUUCCAUAAUGGGCUGGAUGUUUCAGCUUCUGGUUCACGGGGAGAGCUCAACGAAUAUCCAACUGGAAAGAAGAGGUUUAAAUUUGAAUCUUGGUGGAUACUAGAACCGUCUUGUGAAAAUGUCAUCAAGAAAUGGUGGACUGAAAAGUCAAGAGAAGCGCUGGAAAAAUUAGAAUAUCUUCGAGUUAAUCUACAAAGAUGGGAGAAGAUGAUCAAAGGAGAGUAUGAUAAAAGAUCGAAGGCUUUACGGAAAAGAUUGGCUGAAUUAGAAGGUAUGAAUAGGGAUGAUGAUAAUUUAGCUGAGAUGAUAAAUGUAAAAUUAGAAUUGAAUUGGGAGAUGGAGAAGGAAGAAUCGUAUUGGGAACAAAGGGCUAGAGCAAAUUGGUUGCGUCAAUAG